GGCCCCUACGAUGCAUGCCUCCGGGCAAGCCUCCAGCAGCUUGUGGGCCUGCAUCGUCGCAGGAGCCGGUGCUGUGGGGCACAACAUCCGCCAGAACAACCGGGAGCCGCGGCGGCGGCAACCGCGGCGGGGCUCCCGGCAAGCUACAGUGGUGGAUGUGGAGCAGCAGGUGGAGUCCGAAGCCGAAGUGGUGGCGAACUCGGGCUGGCAGACUGCCAGCGAGGACGAGUCCGAGGAGCCCAGGCACCAGAUCGGACGGCAGCAGCAAGUGCAGUUCCUGCAGCAGGUCAUGGGCAUGCAGAGCUUCCCCCAGCCGGAAGCGCCGGCGCUUCCCUACCAGAUGUACGAUCAGCAGUUCAACCAGCAGAUGAUGUAUUGGCAACCCAUGCAGCAGCAGCAGUCGUCGAUGCAGCAGCAGUCCAUGCGGCAGCCGAUGCAGCCGAUGCAGCAGCCGAUGCGGCAGAUGCAGCAGAUGCAGCCCAUGAACCCGGGCUUCCAGAUGCAGAUGCCCUUGGGCAACCAGAUGCAGCCGAUGCAGUCGUACAUGCCGAUGCACAACAUGGUGCUGGUGGCGGUUCCGGUGGUGCCUGAAACGGAGCAGAGUGAGCACGCGCUCCCUCAAGACUUCGAGCGGCGGAGCUUCGGCCGCGUCCAGCCCCGGGCGCCGUCCGUGUCCUCGACCUCCGAGAUCUCCACGGAGUUUGGCUCCACGGUGUCCACCCGCACCCCCGGCCGAGAGCGCAUCUCCAGGUGGACCAACAAGGAGUCCGAGGCCAUCGUGCGGCAGUUGCAGGCCCCCAACUUGGACGUGGCGCAAAGGAGGAGGCUCGUGGAGCGGGUCGCUGCGGAUGCGUGGAGCAUGGCCAUUACCAAGCAGGGAACACGGGUGGUGCAGGCGGCUUUGGAGGUGGCAGACCUGCCGGAGAAGCUGAACAUGGUGGCGGCCCUGAAGGGCCGCGUGUGGACAGCUCUGAAGUCUCCACACGCCAACCACGUGCUCCAGAAGGCGAUCUCCCACUUGCCGCCGCAGAAAAUCGAGUUCAUCAUCCAAGAGAUGAGAGGCCGGGUGGGGGAUGCUGCGCGCCAUCCCUUCGGCUGCCGCGUGCUGGAGCGUUUGCUGGAGCACUGCCCACGGGAGCAGACGGAGCCAUUGGCCAAGGAGGUCCUCUCGGAUGUCCUCGAGCUGUGUCGGCAUCCGUAUGGCAACUAUGUGGUGCAGCACACGCUGGAGCACGGCAGCGACAUUCAGAAGCAGCGCCUCUGCGAGGCGAUGCGCCCGGAAGUCGGACGCCUGGCCCGGCACAAGGUGGCGAGCCAUGUGGUGGAAUGUGCCCUGCUGCACAGUGCACCGGAGGAGAGGCAAUUGCUCAAGGACGCCAUGGCCAGCAAUGCGGAGGAGCUGGCUAGCCUCACUGCGAGCAACUACGGCAGUUUUGUGGUUAAGGAGAUGAAGAAGCGCUGAGGGAUGUCCCGUCGUCCAAGAGACGCCAAUCCGGAAUGGAAUGAAUGGAAUGCGUUCCGCAACGAAUGCUUGCACUCUUUGUAGCUGUUGAAAUUGGUGGCUGCAGAAUCGCAGACCCCGAUCCGUUUCAGUCUGUCCCCUUUCCCGCACGACAUAUCCCGAUUUUCUGGUAGGCUGCUUGCUUCUGAGCUGUCCGGGGGCGCAGAGACGAAGAUGAACUGUCA